GCGAUCGUACUUACUCGAUGCCGUCGCGUGUGCGAUAACGCGCCGCAGAGCGAGGAAUGCUGCUGAGUCAGCCUUUUGCUAAUGGGCAUACCUGGAUUGCAAAGUCUCGUGUAUAAAGCAACCAAUCAACUGCUCAUUCUUUAACCGACACGUGCAUAAUUUGAUCGACAUUAUGCAACGUGUGCAAAACACAGAAAAACGGUAAUGCGGUCAAGCGUCUCUCUUGAGAAAACCACGGACAGACGGGCGUAAGUAAUAAAAGCGGCCAAUCAAUAGGAUAGUGAAGUGAGAGAGAAAGCAAAGUGAUAUUCAACGAAUGAUCAUCAGUUUUUUACGUACGUACGUAAAAGACCAGUCCCUCAACGGUGGGCGCAUUUCGGUUUUUUGUCAAACACUCCAAAACCUUGAACGCACGGCCUAGCUACCAACCUUAACUUCACCACACGACCCGGUAUGGCUUCGUCACAGCGUAGCAAAUUGAUUGGCGUCAUUCACGAAGCCACCAACAGCGCCCGUUUUGUGAUCUAUAAGUUACCCUUGUUCGAGGAGUUGUUCUCGCAUCAGGUACGUAUCACGCAAAUUGUACCCCGCGAUGGCUGGAGCGAACAGGAUCCAACGGAGCUUCUGGCCGCAGUGCGCCUCUGUAUUGUCGAGGCGUGCUACACAAUGGAACGAGCAGGAUACGUAGUGAAGGACAUUGCGGCCAUCGGCAUCACGAACCAGCGUGAAACGACGGUUGUGUGGGAUAAAAACACCGGUGAACCGUUGUACAAUGCGAUCGUUUGGAACGACAUACGAACAGCUGAAAUGAUGGACAGCGUGCUGGCGCACCAACCUGAUCACAGUCCCAGCAACUUUCGCAUGAUUUCGGGCCUUCCAGUUUCGCCUUACUUUUCGGCCCUUAAGCUCAAGUGGCUAAAGGAGAAAGUAGUCGCUGUGCGAAAAGCAUGUCGGGAAAAGCGAUGUUAUGCUGGGACGAUCGACACUUGGCUGCUGUGGAAUCUAACUGGUGGCCCUCAGGGUGGAGCCUUUAAGACUGACGUCACGAACGCUUCUAGGACGCUGCUGAUGAACAUUGAGACGCUUCACUGGGAUCCACAAUUGACGAAAUCGUUUUCCGUGCAUCCAGACAUGCUACCAGAGAUCCGAAGCUCAUCGGAGAUUUACGGUUAUAUUAAGGACAACUGUGUACUUGAUGGAAUUCCUAUCAGCGCUAUUCUCGGCAAUCAGCAGGCCAGCCUGGUUGGUCAGCGCUGUCUGAAGGAAGGUCAGGCCAAGAAUACUUAUCGAAAAGGAUGUUUUCUGCUGUACAAUACGGGAACUAGGUGUGUUCAAUCAUCGCACGGGUUAGUAACGACUGUGGCCUACAAGAUGGGAAAAAACGAACCGGCGGUGUAUGCUUUGGAAGGUUCGGUAGCUGUUGCCGGCGUAGCUAUGAACUGGCUACGUGACAAUCUCGAGAUGAUCAAGGACAUUCCAGUUGACUCUGAAAAGAUUGCUGGCAGUGUGUCGUCGACGGGCGAUGUGUACUUUGUACCUGCAUUCACUGGGCUGUACGCUCCCUACUGGCGAAAGGAUGCCCGCGGCAUUAUUUGUGGUUUGACCAGUUUUACCACUAAGCCUCACAUCGUUCGGGCCGCUUUGGAAGCGGUCUGCUACCAGACGCGGGAUAUUAUUGAGGCUAUGAAAAAAGAUUGCGGCAUAAAUCUUAACAAACUGCACGCUGACGGUAUCAUGUCCAAUAACGGGCUGCUAAUGCAACUGCAGGCGGAUCUAAGUGGUAUUCCUGUGUUGAAAACGGAGGUGCACGAUCCGGCAGCUCUCGGUACGGCGAUGGCCGCCGCUCAAGCGGAAGGUGUAGACUUGUUCAAAUUCGAUGCAGAUAAUCGUGGGUAUGUGGGAAUACAUGCACACCACGAAACAUUUCUUCCUACAACGACGGAAGAGGAACGAAACGCUCGAUACACCAAGUGGAAAAUGGCGGUUCAACGUAGUUUAGGUUGGGCGGUAACGAAAAAGAGCGAUGCAAUGACGGAUGAGCGAUACAGUUUGCUGGCAUCGAUACCAGCCGGACUCUUUCUGGCGGCAACGUUCAUAAUGUUGGUGCUGUCUGAACGACGAUGAUUGAUCGGUGGACCAAAUGAUGGAUCAUGUAUGACUUAGUAGACUAUUGUAAUUCUUUGAAGAUUUCGAAAUGAGUUUUCGUUCCUAAUAAAUUCUAUAGCCAACCCGUUUUUACUCGUCGAGUAAAAAAUCAGAUGUUGUUCCAACUAAGUUUUAAUUUAAAAAGCUUAAUAGUACAGAUCACCAAAAUUUAAUACUUCUGAUAGACUUGAAUACUGAACGAGUUAAGGAACUGAGCAAAUCAGGCAACAAAUAUUCCAGGCAGUGUGCUUACUGCGAUCGGAGGGUCGUAAAAACAGUAGUGGUUAAAAAAAUGUUAAAGAUCAACAGAGAAACGAAGUUAGUCACGCGCUAUGGGCGAACUAAUGCAGUAUUGAUUUGUUUGUUAUAACAUUAAGAUGGACUGGAGUGUUUUUUAUUAGAAUUAUAACUAUCAAUUGUUCAUUAUUGCGAACUUCUUAGAUUUGUUGCUAUACUCCUAUGAUAGAAGCUCAUUGAAGACAAAAUGUUAGAUUUAUUAGGAAGAAAAGAAUAAUUUUGACAACUGCUGCUAGGUAUUCGCUUUGAAAACGAUGAUCAGUUGAUCAUUUAUUCCGGUGAGUAAUGGUUUCGUUAGGUUUGAAUAAAAACGCAACAAAAAUCCGUAA